AAUUUCUUUCUGAAAUGGUUUUGCCAAUUAAAUUCUCCAGAUGACCAUAGCACGGCCCUACCUCAGCGUCGGCAGCAGAACGGCCCUUCACCAACUGAAAACAGAGUGGCACCACCGCCAAAACAUGCCCCCCGCAAUUCACAAGUUCCUCGUCCCGAUUCCAAUGAACGGAAUAUUAUCACCGGCUCUGUUGUGACACCAUCACAGGGCUGUUUCACUUAUGAAGAACUACAGAUAGCAGCUAAUGGUUUCUCCAACUCGAACUAUCUUGGUCAUGGUGGAUUCGGUUACGUCCAUAAAGGAAUUCUCCGUGACGGUAGAGUGGUUGCCAUUAAGCAGCUUAAAGCAGAGAGCAGACAAGGAGAAGCUGAAUUUCAGGCAGAGAUUGAUAUCAUUACCAGGGUUCAUCAUCGGCAUCUUGUUUCACUUGUCGGAUAUUGCAUUAGUAGAGCCCAUAGGAUGCUUGUUUACGAGUUCGUCCCGAAUAACACAUUGGAAUUCCAUUUACAUGGAUUAGGAAGACCAACUCUGAACUGGGCAACAAGAAUGAAAAUUGCCAUAGGCUCAGCAAAAGGAUUAGCUUAUCUUCAUGAAGACUGUCAGCCCAGGAUCAUACACAGAGAUAUUAAAGGAAGCAAUAUUUUGCUGGAUGAUAACUUUGUAGUGAAGGUUGCGGAUUUUGGACUUGCAAAGUAUUUUUCAGAUUUUGAAACUCAUGUGUCAACUAGAGUGAUGGGAACUCUUGGUUAUUUGGCUCCAGAGUACGCAUCUAGCGGGCAGCUUACAGAGAAAUCAGACGUCUUUUCGUUUGGUGUAAUGCUUCUCGAGUUGAUUACUGGCCGUCGCCCUGUUGAUAGAACUCAAUCCUCUCUCUUAGUUGACUGGGCUAGGCCUUUGCUGAGACAAGCAUUUGAAGAUGGCAUCUAUGAUGCGCUUGUCGAUCCCAAAUUGCAAAAAGAUUACGACUAUAGUGAGAUGACUCGAAUGAUUGCUAGUGCUGCAGCUUGUGUACGCCAUUCAGCACGGGUUAGGCCUCGAAUGAGUCAGAUUGUUCGAGCUUUGGAAGGAAAUGUAUACAUAGAUGAUUUAAAUAACGGAACCACACCAGGCAACAGCACUCUAUUUGCGUCCGAUGGCAACGGAGAGUAUAAUUCGAGGCAAUACAAGAGAGAUUUGAAGAAAUUCAGAAAGAUGGUAUUAGAAAGCCAAGAACAAGAUAGCAACGACGAGAGUACUAGUGAGAGUCUGAACAGCUCUAGCUCUGAACCUCAACAAGCUACGCCAGAUAUGGAAUUCCCAGCAAAUGUCGGGGUUAGUUCCAUCCACGGUCCUCCAACUUUAGAGUUCGUAACAGCAAAGUCUGUCUAUCUUUCUUCAGCAUAAAAAUAUCUAUCUUUAAAAAAUUCUUUUGGUUCCUGAAUUUUUGUUAUUUUAUAAUCUAAUUAGAGUUGUAGCAGCAA